AUGCCGAGGCAGGGAGAGGAAUCAGUGAGGGGAAUGCAGAGGUGCAACACUCAUCCGAGGAGGUGCAGAUUGAGGAUUCUUGCUCAAGCAGAGGGGGGAUUUCAGCCACUCCAACCCGGGUUUGUCCUGUUUGGAGGACGGUGUCCUCAGUGGGGGGCUGAGGAAGAGGAGGAGGAGGAAGAGGAGGAGGAAGAGGAGGAAGAGGAGGGAGAGGAGGGUCCAGCGUGCAGGGAGGAGAGGGGAAGCACCACCAUCACCACCUCCAUCACCUCCUCCAUCACCACCCCCAUCACCCACAGCCACACCGGGGAUGAGGACGCAGAGGACGGGGCUGUCGGGGGAGGGUCGUGCAAGGAGCAGGCGAUGCAUUCAAGCUGCAGCAGCGACACCUGCAUCCCCACCCCCAGCUGCAGGAUCUGCUUCCAAGGCGCAGAGCAGGGCGACCUGCUGAACCCGUGUCGCUGUGACGGCUCGGUGCGUUACACCCACCAGCACUGCCUGCUGAAGUGGAUCAGCGAGCGCGGCUGCUGGACCUGCGAGCUCUGCUGCUACCGCUUCCACAUCAUCGCCAUCAACAUGAAGACGCCAUGGCAGUGGCAGUCCAUCACCAUCACCCUGGUGGAGAAGGUCCAGAUCAUCGCCGUGUUCCUGGGCUCUCUCUUCCUGGUGGCCAGCAUCUCGUGGCUGCUGUGGUCGGCUCUGAGCCCGCAGGCCGUCUGGCAGCGCCGCGACGUCCUCUUCCAGAUCUGCUACGGCAUGUACGGCUUCAUGGACCUGGUCUGCGUAGGCUUGAUUGUCCACGAGGGGGCGGCGGUGUACAGCGUCUUCAUGCGCUGGCGGGCCGUCAACCUCCACUGGGAUGUUCAGAGCUACGAUAAAGCGAAGGACUUAGAGGAGAUGAGCACUGGCCAUUCCUCGCUGGCCCCCAGGACGCUUUGGUUGCCUCUGACCACCUUUGGGCCCAACGGCCCCUUACGCCCCACCCAGCUGGGUCCGCAUCCGUGGACAUGCCUCUGUUUGGGCCCCUUUUGCCCCGGCCUGGUGCCCCGAAACAACCUCAGCCAGGACAGUGACUCGGGGGAGGUGGUGAUUCGCGUGACAUCGGUGUAG